AUGUACAAGUUGGAUACAUGUUCGACUGAAUCUGCCACAAAUGUUUCUUCCUCACAACAUCCUGAAAUAGAAAGAACUUAUACAUCAAGCGACACAUCAACGAGGGUCGUAAAGAAGAAGAAGAGUAGCACAAAGGCAUUAGUGAAGCGUCUACUAGGCGUUGUUGCUGAGUUAUCAUCUAAAGUAGAUCGUGUAUUACAUGAAAAAGAUGAGCCAAAGAAACGGUUUGUAGACCAAGAGGAGGAGGAGGAGAUAAUAAAUGAAGAGGAUGAAGAACCAUAUUACCAUGACACACAGUUUGACUAUGGUGGUUUGGAGGAGAAAGUUGCACCUACACCUAAGCAUGGUGAGCCUUCAGAAGACGUGGGUGAACAUGACACAAAAAUAGUGACUCUUAUUGGUAGGUUGCAACGAAAGAGGGUUGUUGCAUGGUAUCAGCGGAUUCCGUUCACAGUGAUGCAAUCGACACCAAAAUUGAAGAAAAUCAGCAAGACAAGGAAGAAAAAAAUAGAGGAGAGUCCUAAAAAAACAAAUGAGAACAUUGUCAAUGCAACGAGUAGUGACAUUUCUAACCAUCUCUUGUUGGAUAGUAUUUAUACUAAUAGUUCGAAGAGUUUUCGGAAAGAAUGA